GGUCUGCCACUCCGACGCUCCACCGGCUGGCAUGCUCGGUGCCACUGCCGCCUAGCGUCCUGUGCACUAGAGACCUCUGCCGCGAGCUGGCGGCAGGAACCAGGUGGAGCCACGCAAGGAGUAGCGACACUGCAACAGCAAGGUGGCCUGACUGCACAGCUGCAAGGGUGAUGGAUCGAAGUUGGAUGAGUAAGCCAAGACAGGAUACUGCAUAUCAAGAUGGUCUUGAGCAAUUUUUGAAUUUCGCUUGCUGUGACAUUCCACGUGAUAGCGAGAUACUUUGUCCCUGCAAAAAAUGCAAAAACAGAUUAAACCAGAGUCAUGAUGAAGUCAUAACACAUUUGAGAUGUGAUGGUAUUAUUCAAGGUUAUACGACCUGGGUUCAUCAGGGAGAAAUGUAUGACAGUCCACCAUUAGCAUUUGUUGCCGUUCCAAAUAACACUACAAACUUACCUACUUCGCGUGUCCCUAGGGCUGCUGCAGUACAAGAUGGCAUGAAAGAACUGCUUGAAGCUGCAUUGUGCCGGGAUGAAAUGUUCGAGUCACUACCAAGUAUGUCUGAAGGUGAAGUAGGUGAUGUUGAAUCAGGAUUAGCAGAUAUGGAACAUUCUGUAGCUGAGGAUGAGCAUCCUGCAGAUGAUGACAAUGCUAAGGGGAAUGAACAGAAUCUGUAUGAAAGGUACUUGAAGGAUGCACACACAAGCUUAUAUCCUGGGUGUAAAUUUUCUAAGUUGUCAUUUUGGGUGAACUUAUAUCACUUAAAGUGCUUAAAUGGUUGGACCCAAGAAUCAUUUAUGACACUUCUGGGUGUGCUAGCUGAUUCAUAUCCUCCUGAGGCAGACCACAUAUUAUCAAGUGAAGAGAAUCAUCCGUGCUUUAGGCCUUGACUAUGUAAAAAUACAUGCUUGCCCCAAAGAUUGCAUGCUUUUCCGAGGAAAUACAGCUAAGAAAGAUUUUUGUGAUGUGUGCAAGAGCUCUCGUUGGAAAGAUGCUAAGAAGAUUGGUUCUGCAGCUAAACCUAAGAAGAAAAAGAAACCAGCAAAAGUGUUGCGUUAUUUUCCAUUGAUACCAAGGAUCCAAAGGUUAUUUUGAACUACCAAAACUUCAGAAGACAUGCGAUGGCAUGAUGUUGGACGUACGAAAGACGGAAAACUGCGACAUCUAACAGAUGCUGAAGCUUGGGAAGAUUUUAAUCGUAGAAAUCCUGAUUUUGCAUCAGAUGCUCGUAACGUACGCCUUGGUCUCGCAAGUGAUGGAUUUAACCCUUUUCGGAAUAUGAGUUCAAACCAUAGUACAUGGCCUGUAAUGCUAGUUCCUUACAACUUGCCACCUUGGAUCUGUAUGAAACAAACAUCUUUACUGUUGUCCAUGAUCAUUCUAGGACCAGAUUCUCUAGGGAAUGAUGUUGAUAUAUACUUGCAGCCCUUGGUUGAUGAACACUUACAAUUGUGGAAAGGAGUGCAAACAUGUGAUGCCUCUUCUCGAAAGAAAUUUCCUCUCCGAGCUGCACUA